CGACAGAGCCGGCUUCCUUCCUCCCUCUCUCCUCCUCCUCCUUUUCUUUUUUUCCGAUUUAUGAAAACGUCACUUCAAGUCCCUCCCUGUUUGAAUCUCAUUAGUUUCUUGUGUGUUUCUCCCUGUCAAUAAUCCCGAAUCCAGACUCUCUCUAUUUCCAUCCCUCUCUAUCUGUCAAUCAGCGCCGCCUUUGAACUGAAAACCACUCCGACCAACUUCAACUCUCUCAAUCCGAGCACCGCGGCUCCUUCACCGGCUUCCCCGUUUCCGGCAAGGGUCCCCUUCUUUUUCUUUUGGGGACUUUUUUUCAGUGGGGACCGCGAACGCCACACGCUGUGUGUGCGUGUGCGUGCGCGUGGUUUUUUUUCUACUGGAGGGGGGCAACGCCACCAACGACACCCCCGAAGUCUCGCAAAGUGGCACUUUUUUUCGACGGUGAGGGGUCCUUUAAAAAUAUAUACAAAAAGUUUCUCCUUUUGGAGGACUUCCCCCCACCCCCCACCACCACUAACGAGAGCAGCAGCAGCAAGCUAGCCGCCUUCAGUGAAGCUCGUGGGGGGAAAAAGCGGAGCGAAAAUGCCGCAACUGAACGGCGGUGGAGGGGACGACCUGGGCGCCAACGAUGAAAUGAUUUCCUUCAAAGACGAAGGGGAGCAGGAGGAGAAAACCUCGGAGAACUCGUCGGCCGAAAGGGAUUUAGCGGACGUCAAGUCGUCGCUCGUCAACGAGUCGGAAACAAAUCAGAACAGCUCGUCUGACUCGGAGGCGGAGAGACGGCCUCCGCCUCGGUCUGAAACUUUCAGAGACAAAACGCGAGAAAGUUUAGAGGAGGCGAAGAGGCAAGAUGGAGGGCUGUUCAAGAGCCCACCGUACCCGGGCUACCCGUUUAUUAUGAUCCCCGAUCUCACCAGCCCCUACCUCCCCAACGGAUCACUUUCUCCCACAGCGCGCACAUACCUACAGAUGAAAUGGCCCCUGCUAGAUGUUCAACCUGGAGGUCUUCAGAGUAGACAAGCACUUAAAGAUGCCAGGUCCCCGUCACCGGCACACAUCGUCGGGCCCUUCUGCUGGGAAUUCCCUGGACAGUCAGAUCUGAGCCUUCACCAAUUUCAUUUGUCGAAUAAGGUUCCAGUGGUUCAGCACCCUCACCACGUGCACCCUCUCACACCGCUGAUCACUUACAGCAAUGAGCACUUCACACCCGGGAACCCGCCACCACACCUACAGACAGACGUGGACCCCAAAACAGGAAUUCCAAGGCCUCCGCAUCCUCCAGAUAUUUCUCCUUAUUACCCGCUGUCACCCGGCACUGUCGGGCAGAUCCCCCAUCCCCUAGGAUGGUUAGUACCACAGUAAGCGAAUCCCCUUUUUUUUGUACUACUACUUC